AAAUUAAGUUGAUUCUAAACUUUUUAUAAAAAUGGGAAUUCAAUGUUCAAAACGUAAAUCCAAGCCAUCUUAACAAUUUGAAAUUCGCAUUUCAUAAACUUAAGCAUCUCCUUAAUCUUAACCUACUUCAAAAGAAGCACUUAUAUAUUGUGAUUCAAAUGAUUUGGCUAAUUUCAUGAGAACUAAACCAGUCAAGACUUUCCUUGCUGAUCUAAUGAAAAAGAAAUAAAUUUAAUUUGACUCUUGUGAUAGAAUGGCAACCAUUAUUGAAAGCAAAUCAGAAAUUAUCUUAAGAUGUUAUAAUGAUUAUACUGAGAAAGCUUUAAAGAUUAAAUUGAAAGUCUUAGAAUACUACUAUGACAACUAUUUAAUUUAUAAAGAACAAUCUCAUGAUUGUAAUAACAUCAAAGAAUUACUAGCUAAUGAAACUACAUAAGUAAGAUUUAUAUUUUUAACUUAAAAAGCUGUUACUUGAGACCAUAAUCAUAAUAAAUUGUUUGAUGGACAAAAACUUUGAUUAAGAUUAAGAAUUGUGGUGGGGAGAUGACUAUUUUUUACACAGAAUUGCUAUUCUCUCUAUUUCUUAAGAUACAUCUUAAUAAAAUGAUAAAAUAGUCUAACCCAUUUUAUAAUAUAUCAAUAGCUUAAAAAAUAAAAUUACUUAAGCUAUACCUUUACUUGAGUAAUAAAAAACAACAUAAUAACCUUAAUCUAUUGCUAAUAGCACUGCAAUUGCAUAAGUACAUCUUACUAAAUUUUAUCAUGAUUUAAAAUUAGAGUUUGUUAGAGAUUCUGAUGAACAAAAAGUUGAUGUUUGA